GCAGCAGCGGGGAACCCCCACCAGGGAUCGAGUCACACUGCCGCCGCCGCUGCCGCGAGUGCCUGCCACCGCCGCCGCUCGCCUCCACUUCAUCAGCUCAGUACCACGACACAGACCGACGAGUGCGCACGUACGGACGCUGCUCGUCAUACGCUCGUGCACGACGUUGUCUCUUUAGUGCUUUACGGAGCCCGCGCGUUACCGUUGCCGCUGAAAAUCGCACUCGACCAGUUGUUCGCAAAGUUUAGCAAGCAGCGAGUUCGAGAUUUGCUCGCCAAGUUCGGCUGGACUUUGGACGAUUUCGCACGUGGAUAUAUACUGCAGGACUCUUACAGAAACGGUUCAGUUCUGGACCGAUGGAGCGUCUGCACGGCUGAGGAGGAGCCACUAGUUCUACAGCAGUUUCUGAAAUUCCCCGAGACGCGUCCGUUCGCGCAGCAGCUACUGCAGGCCACGGCAGGAGGAGUCGGCUCAGCAGCGAGCAGCAAGUCCCAGCAGCAAACGAAGCAGCAGGAAGCAGUGUCCACGUCGAUCUCCACCUUGGGCAGUACUCAUACUGCGGAUGUUAUGUCACCGAGCAGGCGACAAUCGCCACCGACAAUGCCUCUAGCGCAUUUGCCCCCACCGCUUCAUCUGCUGCACUGCGGAGGACUGCCCCUGUCGGGCGCGCCGGGCUUGUCGCCGGAAGGCCUCGUACCACUGCCGCACCACCCCCAUCACCAUCCCCUGUCGCCGAGCUCGAGCGGCGCCAACAGCCUGCCCACGUCCAGGCCGCACCACUUCACCUCGGCCAGUAGUCCAGUGAGCGCCACCUCGCCCCCGCAGUCGAAUCUCGCAACCGCCGCCGCCGUAGCCGCCGUAGUCAGCAAGUACGCCGGCACGCCGCUCAAUCAGUUGCAGAACAUGCAGCCCUUCGACUUUCACAAGCUCAGCAGCCUCGGCAUGCAGGCCCACUUCCCGACCAUGGCCGCGCAGAUACAGUCGGCCAGCGCGGCCUCCGCCAACGCAGCAGCCUCGGCCCGCCGGAGGGACAACCACGAGUCCAGCCCGAACCACCACCCGAGCCUCGGCCAAGGCUUGAGGUCCGCCAAUUCCUUCGCUCGCGAUCUCAUCACCGGGGUCUCGUCGGCCUUCUCGCCCCACAGCUUUUCGCACACAAAGUCCUAUCCCCCGCUCGGCGCCGUGAAAGCCGGCGGCGUCGAGGCUAGCAAAAACAACAACGAGCACCACUCGGAAGCGGCCUCGUCGACGGACAAGGCCAGCGGCUCGGAAGAGGACGACCUGUCGGACGAGAACUCGGGCAGCGCCCUCAACCUCUCGACCAGCUGGAGGCCCGCGAAACAGAGCAGGUACAAUCCCGCCGAGGCCCAGCCAGCCAACAACAGCAGCCGACAGUUCCUUGGAUCUCAGCCGCUCAACAGCCGACCGGCGCCGCCGAGCCGAAAGUCCAGCUCGCCGGGCAAGCGACAGCAGUGGGGCGCCUCGAGCAACAUACCGCCGAAUCUCGGCACGCCCUUCAUCAACCCGGCCACGGGCAAGAAGCGCGUCCAGUGCAACGUGUGCUUGAAGACGUUCUGCGACAAGGGCGCCCUCAAGAUCCACUUCAGCGCCGUUCAUCUGCGCGAGAUGCACCAGUGCACGGUCAAGGGCUGCAGCAUGAUGUUCAGCUCGCGGCGCUCGCGCAAUCGCCACAGCGCCAAUCCCAAUCCAAAGCUUCACUCGCCGCACCUCAGGCGCAAGAUCUCUCCGCACGACGGCCGCUCGUCGAUGGCACACUCGCUCGUGAUGCCGCAGCCGGGCAUGCCCUUGGCCCCCAGCAGCUUCAACCCCCAUUUGCCGUUCGGCUCCUACCCGAUGCUCACACCGCCUCCGGAACUGCGCUCGCCCGCCUCUCUCUGCGGCGUCGAUCCCAAAUUCAUGGACCAGUCCAAUGCGCACAAUAAUCGAGCCUACGAGGAGUCACUGGCGGCUCAGCAGAGACUCGCCGGGCCUGGAUCUCACUUGAACCACGGCGUUUCAUCCCCACCGCUCAGGAGUCACUCGGAUACUUUCGAUGGCGACGACGACGACGACGAUGACGACGACGGUAUCGUCGUUGUUGGCGAUGAGGAUAUGAUGCAGGUCAAACCACAUCAAGACGAAAACGAAGAAGAAGACCAACCUGCAGACUUUAGCUUGAAUAGUUCGGCCAAAAGAUUGAGAUUGUCCACGGGCGACGACGACAUGAACAGCAACGCCGACAGUAGUCACGAAGACGCGGCCUCCGUUGAGACAGGAGAGCCUCAGCCGUUCGCAGCGGCCCAUCUUGCGUCCAACCCCGCGUUCUUGAACAAUCGCGGCGUUCGCAAGCGCAAAUCUCAGAAUCCAACGAGGUGCAGUCUUCGCGUCGAGGUCAACUCGUCGUCCACCGAUAACGAAUCAUCGAACGACGCCGCCCACGCCACGCAGGAAGAUCAGCCCGAGGACUUGUCGGCCACGGCCAAACCCAACAGCGUGGAAGUCAAAACGGAAAAAGAUUCCCCGGCACAAGAAUCGGAAAAGGCAAUUUCGGACAGUCGCAGCGAUGUCGCGACUACGCCACAGGCCGAGCAUCGUGAUUCUCCGGCAGACAAAAGCGAAGCAAAAACCAAAAACACAGAGGAAGCCGAGGCUCGAGAGCAGCAGCCCGAGAAUCUCAGCUCACGAGCGAGCAGUCCCGCGACGUCCAAGUGCGGCGGCGACGACAACGAAACGAAAAACAGUCGGAUGUCGCAGGAGAAAGAGAUCGUCGCAGCGAUGAAGGAGUCGCCGAGGAAGUCGCCCCAGCUGUCCGACUGCAGGAGUCAGCGGACCAGUCCCAGCCGAGAUAAUCGCGAGCGCACUCCGGCGUCCACGAUAUCGAGAGUGGAGAGCCCCAAGUCCGAGCACGAGCCGGCGGAGGAAAAGCGAAAAGUCGCAAGGGCGCAGGAGGCACGAAUUGACGAAGGUGAGUCUGCACACCCGGUACUCUCGCUUAAUCCGCCGAGAAUGAUCGAUGCGCAGUAUGCACCCACUGCUGACGAUCGUCGAGCGGCUAUGCACAAUCAUUAUGUUCAGGAGCAAGCUUUACAAAUGCAACUCCUUGUAGCAGCUGGCUCGUAUAAUGCGGCCGCCACGCCGUUCGGCAUGCCCCAUCCACGGCUCACGCCACCCGAAAUCGCAGCGGCAGCGGCAGCGGCGGCAGCCAACGGCAGGAGUGGGUUCGAUGUCUGGCCCAGCAUGUACCAGCCACGGCUCCCAGUCGGCAUCGACCCGAACAUCGCCGCAGCGGCCGCCGCCGCAGCAGCAGCGGGAGCACCCCACGGAGCUCCGGGUCAGUACCCCAAUCAGUUGCUCUCGUGGCUGUCGCUUAUUCAGCGUCUGGCCCUUCACAAUGGCCACGGCUACGGUCAGUAGAACGUCACAGAGAGGAAAAUGGCUCGCUCGCCGCCGCCACCGCCGACCAUAGACUCGACGCUCGAGAGGAAUCUACAUCACGAAUUGGCUCAGCGAUGCAACUUCCUUUCGAGGCACCGAGACUGUGCCAGUAAUGACGCCGCGAAUUACCGAUAAGGCGCGAUGUAGACGAUUUUCGAGCUUUUAUCUAUUGAUAACGCCAAAAAAUCUCGGACGUCAAAACUGGCCGAGUUUCAAUGGUCCGGCUCGCAUUGGCAACUAUUACUAUCGUUUCCAAAGAUCUACGAGACCCAGACCAUUGAGACUUACUCGUAGCGAUGUGUUCGUAUCGAUGUUAUUUUUAUUAAAAACAAAUCUGAUUUUACAAAAAAAAAAGCGUGCAAUAAAGUCGUGCUGCGGACGUUUUAAUUUCAUGACAUAAUUUUACUCAUUAACGUCGUGCUCCAAGAGCACAACCACGUAUAGUCUGAAGGAAUUUGUAUAAUAUUGCUUCUUAAGUCCUUGUAAUAUAGUCAACGGAAAAUUUUUAAAAUAAUAAAGUUAAUUUUUAAACUAGACAAUUAAGUUUUAGCUAAGAAUUGUUAUAAAUGUCAGCGCCUAGCUUCAAAGCUGUAGUUGUUUUGAUUAGUAUAUAUUUGCAUGUGCGGGUGAUUCGGUUCAUGUAAUAACGUUGCGUUUUUUUUAGACACUGAUAUAUAUACCAAUCACAAUGUAUGUUAUGUAGGUAAAAUAUAAAAGACGAUAACUAUAUUAUAUGAUAUUGGAAAAGCGCGAAUUCGGUUAGCGUGCUUACGAUGGCGAAGCGAGCUGGAAAAUCGCCACCGAGCUUCGUUGUCAUUGUGAUAACACAUACGUAUAGAUAAUGGUAAACAUAAGUUAUUAUUAUUAUUACGAUUAUUAACUAAAUCAUAAGGCAUAAUUACAUUACACGGUCAGCUCAUAUUAAAAUAUAGUAUGAUAAUCCACUGUUUUCGGUCACGUCGAAUGUCUGUACAUAUAACAUAUCUAUUAUGUAUAAAAUCGAAACACUAUGAUGUAUUAUAUAUUAUAGAUCUAUUAUGAAUCAUUCAUCAAUAUUAAAAGAAAUCCACAAAAAUGAUUAAAACGAAAUAAACA